AUGGCCCUUGCUGCUCUGCAUUUUUUACUGAAGACCCCAAGUGCUGUGUCCCUGCGGGCUCCCCUGAGAAGAUCUCUCCAACUGUGCAGCUGGUGCUACCCACUUCAUGCCUCUUUGAGUUAUGAAGCCAUAAAACAACAGUACAGACCAGAGGUGCCAAAGUACUUCAACUUUGCAAGAGAUGUGCUGGACAGGUGGACUGAAGCAGAAAAGGAGGGAAAAAAGUCUAAAAACCCUGCAUUGUGGUGGGUAGAUGGUGCUGGAAAAGAGGUGAGGUGGAGCUUUGAGGAGCUAGGAGUGCUGUCCAGGAAAGUGGCAAAUGUUCUCUCUGAUGCCUGCAGCCUGCAACAGGGAGACAGAGUUAUUCUUAUUCUGCCCCGGGUCCCAGAGUGGUGGCUGGUGAAUGUGGCUUGCAUGAGAACAGGAACAGUUUUGAUUCCUGGCACGCAGCAAUUGACAGCAAAGGACAUUCUUCAUCGACUCCAGAAAUCCAAGGCCAAGUGUAUUGUCACUGAUGAUUCUGUGGCACCAGCUGUAGACUCAGUUGAGGCUCAAUGCCAGUCUCUGAAAUUCAAGUUGCUUGUAUCAGAGGGCCACAGAGAAGGAUGGCUGAACUUUAAAGGUCUUCUGAAAAAUGCUCCUUCUGAUCACCACUGUGUUACCACAAAGUGUCAAGAUCCAAUGGCCAUCUAUUUUACCAGUGGGACUACAGGAUCUCCAAAAAUGACUGAGCAUUCCCACAGCAGCUAUGGUAUUGGCCAUACGCUAACUGGAAGGUGUUGGCUGGACUUGACUUCCUCAGAUGUAUUUUGGAAUACAUCAGACACAGGCUGGGCAAAGUCAGCUUGGAGCAGCGUUUUUUCACCAUGGAUUCAAGGGGCGUGUGCAUUUGUACAUAAGAUGCCACAGUUUGACCCAACCAUUGUCUUCGAGACUCUGUCAAGAUUUCCCAUAACCGUCUUAUGUUGUCCUCCAACUGCUUAUCGAAUGUUUGUGCAACAUAAACUGUCCAGCUACACCUUCAAAAGCCUGCGGCACUGUGUGAGUGCUGGGGAGCCCAUCAACCCUGAUGUGAUGGAAGAAUGGAAAGCACAGACUGGGCUGGAUAUUUAUGAAGGCUAUGGACAGACAGAAACAGUGCUGAUCUGUGGAAAUUUUAAGGGAAUGAAAAUCAAACCUGGCUCUAUGGGAAAGCCAUCUCCAGGGUAUGAUGUCAAGAUUAUAGAUGAAAACAGUAAUAUUCUGCCUCCUGGAAAGGAAGGAGAUAUUGCCAUCAGAGUAAAACCUACAAGAUCGCUUUUUCUUUUCACUUGCUAUGCUGAUGAUCCAGAGAAAACAGAGGCAACAACACGUGGGGACUUUUAUGUCACUGGAGACAGGGGGAUUAUGGAUGAGGAUGGAUACUUCUGGUUUGUUGGAAGAGCUGAUGAUGUCAUUAAUUCUGCUGGAUACCGUAUUGGACCAUUUGAAGUAGAAAGUGCCCUAGUGGAGCAUCCUGCAGUGGUGGAGUCAGCAGUUGUCAGCAGCCCAGACCCCAUCAGAGGAGAGGUAGUGAAAGCCUUUGUUGUGUUAACAUCUGACUAUGCUUCACGUGACCCAGAAAAAUUGAAGAAAGAGCUACAAGAUCAUGUUAAGAAAGUAACUGCUCCAUACAAGUAUCCUAGGAAGAUGGAGUUUGUUAAACAGUUGCCAAAAACUAUUAGUGGGAAGAUCAGAAGGAAUGAACUGCGCCAGAAAGAGUGGAGAAAAGAUUAG